AGCAGGGCUGAUGGGUGGGUGCUGAGAUGGCAGGGUGGUGGGUGGAGGCGUGGAAGGUGUUUGCCAGGAGUCAGGGGGGGGAGCCCAGUGCAGCGAGAAGCCAGGGACACUGUGGGAAGUGGCCAGUGGAUCAGCAAUGUCCCAACCCGCUCCCCUGGUUUAAACUCUGUCUGCCCUAGGGUGCCUGGGCUGAGCGGCCCCAUGGCCCCGUUCCGCAUCCGGCAGUACGAGGACGGUGACUACGAGGCCGUGUGCACCAUGUUCGGACGUGGGAUUAUGGAGCACACUCCUGCUGCGUACAUCCACAUGCUGAAGCAUCCCCAGGCCCAGCUGCACUUCCUGGGCCUGUUCCUGGCGGUGCUCGCGGCCUCCGGGUCCGUCCUGGUCUCCCUCCUGGCUCUCCUGCUCGCUCUCACUGGGGCCUGGUUUUGCAUCUGGUCUCUCUGGAAUUAUUACGCCCAGCAGUUUCUUUGCAACAACCUACUGGACAUCCGGAGAACCUACCUGGAGGCAGCAGACUCUUGUCUCUGGGUGGCAGAGGCUGAGGGGGCGGUGGUGGGCAUGGUGGGUGCCGUCCUACCGGACGACCCCUCGGAAAGGGGGCACGCCCUGCAACUGAAGCGCAUGUCCGUGGGGAGGGAGUACCGGGGCCGGGGCAUCGCCAAGGCGCUCUGCAGGACGGUCAUCCGCUUCGCCCAGGAACGCGGGUACAGUGCCGUUGUGCUGGCCACCUUCAUGGUUCACUACUCGGCCCAGCAGCUAUACGAGAGCAUGGGCUUCCGGAGGGUCUCGGAGAGGUCCCCAUCACUCCUCGACAGCUUUCUGCAGUUCUCCCUGUUAUAUUAUCGAUACGAGAUUCCAGGGUCUCGCUGA